UUUACCACCCAAUCAAAACACAAACACUUCUCUUCGUCUCCUUCUUCUUCUUCUUCUUCACCUUUUCUCUCCUUUUUGCAAUUUUUAUUAUACCUUCCCAGAUUUCACCAACAAAAAAAGAACUGUUUUUUCAUUGGGAUUCGUGAGUUACAGAGGAUAAGCGAUUAUGGGUUCGAUCUCUUUGUCCAAUUCUCUGCCCAUAACGCGACUUCCACUACUUACAUCACUCAAUCAAUGCCUUCUUCCUACUUCUACAUCCUUCUCACUUUCUCCUCUCUCAAAUCGUCGUCGCUCCACUUUUUCACCGUUAAUCGCCGCCUCUGCCGUCUUCGCAGCUCCUGCCGGCGUUAAUAACUCCGUUCCGAUUUGUGUGGAUUUUGGUGGGGUUCAGGCAAGAAACGGGGGUUACACCGUUGGGGAUUUCAUGACACGGAGAGAGCAUUUGCAUGUUGUUAAGCCCUCAACCUCUGUUGAUGAUGCAUUGGAACUUCUGGUUGAGAAGAAAGUCACAGGAUUGCCUGUAAUCGAUGAUGAUUGGAAUCUGGUUGGUGUUGUUUCUGAUUACGACUUGCUUGCACUGGACUCCAUUUCUGGCCGCAGCCAAACUGAUGCAAACAUGUUCCCUAACGUCGACAGUACCUGGAAAACGUUUAACGAACUCCAGAAACUGAUAAGUAAGACACAUGGAAAAGUUGUUGGAGAUUUGAUGACGCCUUCUCCUUUGGUUGUCCGUGGUUCUACCAAUCUAGAAGAUGCAGCCAGGUUGCUUCUGGAAACAAAGUUCCGAAGAUUACCAGUCGUGGAUUCAGAUGGGAAACUGAUCGGGAUCCUUACAAGGGGGAACGUUGUAAGGGCUGCGCUGCAGAUCAAACGGGAAACGGAGAACUCUACAUAGCUAGAGAGCACAAGUUAUGGAGCAGAGCCCUUAAAUCUGCCAUAGUUAAUAGCAAAAUCUGUUUAUUCCAUUGAUAAGUAUAUAUAGAUUAUAUAUGUGUACACAUUCCCUCUCAGUUUUCUUCUUCCUCCACAGUCAAAAUUUUACUUUUAGGAGUAACAUUUCUCAGACUCUGAUUCAAGACAACUUAGUAUCUGAUACAUAUUAUAUUUUUUGUACCA